AUGUCUGUCUCUAAUAAGGAUUUGGCUUUGGCCAUCAUCCAGUUCUUGGAAUCUAGUGUGUCCAACAAGACUGUCUCUGAAGAAUAUGCCGAGUCCAUGGAUGUCGCCAUUGACUGUAUUGCCGAUGCUUUCGAGGUGGAAAAGGCUGAUGCUGCAGGCGUUGCCAGCAAAUUCGGCGGGUUGUCUUUGCUUGACGCUGUCAACAAGUCUGGUUCUUCUUCUUCUUCUGUGAAGGAGGAGGUUAUUGAGGUUGAUGCUGAGACCAAGGCUAAGGCUGACGCUGCUAAGGCUGAAGGUAACAAGGCUAUGGCUUCCAAGGACUUCGAUUCCGCCAUUGCUAAGUACACUGAGGCUAUUGCUUUAGACCCAACUAAUGUUGUUUACUUGUCUAACAGAGCUGCUGCCUACUCCUCUUUGUCGCAGCACGAGAACGCUGUCAAGGAUGCUGAGGCUGCUGUGAAGUUGAAGCCAGACUUCUCCAAGGCAUACUCUAGACUUGGAUUGGCUCAGUACGCCUUGGGCAAUGCCAAGGAGUCCAUGGAAGCUUACAAGAAGGGUUUGGAUGUUGAAGGCAGCACUCCAAGUGAUGCUAUGAAGAGAGGCUACGAGACUGCUAAGAAGAGAGUUGAAGCUGACUUGGAGAGCUCGAUUGCCACCAGCGAGCCAGAGGCUGGUGAGAGAAGCACCGAAGGUGGUGCUGGUGCUGGCGCCGGUGCUGGCGCUGGAGGUAUGCCAGACUUUGCUUCCAUGUUCGGUGGCGGUGGCGGCAUGCCAAACUUCUCUGAGAUGAUGAACAACCCUCAGGUUAUGGAGGCUGCCCAAAACUUGAUGUCUAACCCUGGUGCUCUUGACGGUUUGAUGAGUAACCCAGCUGUGCGCCAGAUGGCCCAGAACAUGGGUCUUGGAGGUGAAAACGGUGGCCAAGGCGGUCUCGAGAACCUCAUGAACAAUCCAAUGUUGCAGAACAUGGCCCGUAACUUCAUGGGCGGUCAAGGUGGCCAGGGCGGUAGCCAAGGUGGUCAAGUCCGGGUUCGUCCUUUCACCCAGGCCGAGGCAAACAAGCUCAUUCUGCCACCAGGGAAACCGCUUUUCAUAGGCGAUGGAGCCCUUUCAGGCAACCUGGAAGGAUCUAAUAAUGAAGAGAAUAACAAACUGAAUAUGAUUCCACGUGGAAUCAGGAAGAUCGUGGAUGUUGUUGAUGACAAAAUGCUCAUUUUCGAUCCUCCAGCAACAAACCCUCUAACGUCAAUGCAAAGAAACGCCUUUCCAAAUGGCAAUAUGAGAGCACGAAUAAGAGAUUAUAGGUUUGUGUUUGAUAGUCUUUUUGAUGAGCAUACGACGCAAGAGCAGAUAUACGAACGCACAACUAGACCUCUUCUAGAUAGCAUAUUGGAUGGGUAUAACAGUACAGUGUUUGCUUACGGUGCCACUGGAUGUGGUAAAACGCAUACUAUCCUGGGGUCACCAUCUAACCCUGGUGUGAUUUUUUUGACCAUGAAAGAGUUGUAUGAGAGAAUUGAUGCUUUGGCAGAUACUCGAGUCUUCGAGGUGAGUAUAUCUUUCUUGGAGAUAUACAACGAGACUAUUCGAGACUUGCUCGAGCCAGAAACGUCACCAAAGAAACUUGUUCUUAGGGAGGACUGUAAGAAACGCAUAACUGUGUCCAACUUGCUGUCUAGGCUGCCGGCCUCGGUAGAUGAAGUCAUGGACUUGAUCGUCGUGGGCAACGAAAACCGUACACUGUCUCCCACCGAGGCUAACGCAGCUUCACUGAGAUCCCAUGCUGUGCUUCAGAUUAAUGUGACUUCUCGAAGCCGUACAGCAUCGUUAGAUCAAGAACACACAUUCGCAACUUUGUCUAUUAUCGACUUGGCAGGCAGUGAAAGAGCUGCAGCCACGAAGAACAGAGGGGCACGCCUCAACGAAGGUGCCAACAUCAACAAAUCAUUGUUGGCAUUGGGAAAUUGCAUAAACGCCUUGUGUGAUCCGCGUCGAAAGAACCAUGUUCCAUACCGUGAUCUGAAGCUCACCAGACUCUUGAAGUUCUCUCUCGGAGGUAACUGUAAGACAGUCAUGAUUGUAUGUGUGUCUCCUCUGUCACAACAUUACGAUGAAACGCUCAAUACUCUCAAGUACGCUAAUCGUGCUAAAGAGAUCAAAACAAAGCUCAUACGUAACCGUCAGAACCUAGAUCGUCAUGUGGGAUCAUACCUUAAGAUGAUCACAGAGCAGAAACAGGAGAUCGAAGAAUUAAGAGAGCGUGAGUCAAAGAUUAUCGAGUCUACUGUUGCUAAACAUAGCAAGCAAGUUGACAAUUGCAUUAUGGAAAUCCUCAAGAGCAUCGAAUCCUUAAAAUUGAACAUCAACAAACAGCAUCAAGAAAAAUGGCGCAAGUGUUUCCUGCUAGCCAAAAGAAAAUUACUUUUGCUACACCAAGAAGAACUUCAAGUAUUAAUUCAUAGCUUGAAGAGCCUCCAGAUAUCUGAUAGGAGGUACACUGUCUUCCUUGAAAAGUGCAAGCAUUUACUUAUACAAGCCGAGCAACUUCUUCACAAAACCAAUGAACAGAUCAUAAACCUCGAGAAGAUUUAUGACCUGCCUUCAGAAAUUGAUCAUAUCUUCUCGAAAACUUUUGAGUUUACUCUAAAGAAGUUCCAGGAGAUGGAAGGAUGGUCACCACAACUUGCAUCAAUGUACGAAGCUAUGGUGGUAUCUACAAAGGAGCACUUACAAAAAGACUUGCUCGUGAAUUCGUCUAUUUUGUUGGAUUAUUUGGUUGGAGAACUAAGUGACUUUAACUUUGUCACUCAUGGCCUUUGCGAACUCGUGGGCACUUACAUGUUGCAUUAUGAAGACGCUACAGUGGAUAAGAUGGCAGAAGCAGUAUCACGUAUUAUUGAUAUCAUUGAAGCAUACAAUAAUUCCGACUACGACAUGGCAAUCGAGAAGGCUACUUCAAGGUUCAUUCAAAUCAAGCUUCAAAGAGAAGAACAAGAAGACGCGACAAUGGCUAGAGCUAUGGCAAACGCACCUUCACUACAACCUAGGGACAAGAGAACAUCAACAUCACCUCUAAGACUGUCACCUCCUCGUGCACGCAAGAGAUCUUCGAAGAACCAAGCUCCUGAAGGAGAUUGGGACAUCAGCAUGGACGACUCUAUGGCCAAUCGUAGUGCCAUGGAAGAAGACACAUCACCUCCAUCAAAGAGCAUAGAUAAUCGUGGUGUUCUCGAUGACCUAGACUUUAAUCCUACCAUAGAAUCGCCUACUUCGAAGAAGACCCUGCUGCUUAAUUCUGCCCACCCUAGCAGUGAUGAAGUUACGCCUCGGGCGCCAUUACUCAAUAAAGGAGCCAGCACAAAGGUUGUCCGAAAAGAUAUGAUUCCUUUGACAAGCGAGGAUCUUCUGAGGGAAACCAACAUGGGCUAG